AAGCUGCUUGUGGGACUAGCAAUUUCGGACGUCUGACAGGCGAUGCUUUUAUAGCCUGAUCGUAGUUUCGCUCAGUACCGAGUUUUCAUUACUCUCGUAGCACCAGAACUUGGUCACAGAACACUACAAAGCACAGGGCAAUAGCACUUUUUCUUCAGUUAGUUAUUCAAAAAAUAGCCAUUGGCAUUCUUGUUUGGCGGCGAUGCAUCGUGUUUAUAUGUGUUAAAAAAAAGAAAAUCUGAAAAUUGAAUAUUUCUCCUCUUACUCUUUGUCCUUGACCUUACUCGACGGCUACACGUAAGCUUUCUAAAAAUACAUUCCACUGCUAACUGUAUUGUUUAAUCGAUCCCUUACUUAUACAGCUUACAUUCCAAUUGUUGCUCAGUGUCGCGGUGCAACCUGUGGUAAUUUCACUCAGUGUUCAACAACAAAUUCAGCUUGUGCUUGUUUUAUGGUUGCAAACAAAAACACCUCCGGCAUAUGUGGGCUUGGAUCGUCCACGAGGACUUCAACUUCGACAACGUCGUCGUCGACCACUACAACAUACACCUCGACAACAACUACGACGAACAGCACCGUCACAUUUACUUCCACAGCCACGCCUAUCUCGAGCAAUAAUAAUUCGACUGGUAAGUAAGAAGCAAACCUUUUGUCUUUGACAGUUAGCUUUCACUACCCAGGUGAAACACGUCUUGUAAGACCUUGCAAGAUCUGAUGUUUUCUUGUGAAAUCUUGUAAUAAGGUCUUACGAUAUGAUCAUACAAGAUCUUAUUAUAAGAUAAUAUAAGAU